AUGCAAUCUACCGCCACGUCGAACACCUUCACCGACGUCUCUCUCGUUCCCAACGAGAGCCUCUCCAAGUACCUCAACGAGUUUACUGACAAGGUCGGCAAGCUCGAGGACCUUUACCGCUCCCUCGGUACCAUCUGGCAUAGGAUCCAUAUCGAGACCCGCGAGCGCCCGGAGCUAAACCAGGCCACCUCGGCCGCCGCCCGUGCAGCGCACGACCUCUUCAUGGUAGAGGAGACGGACCCGGUGCGCGACAUCUCCGCCGAUGUGGACGGCCUGAUCCGCAGCGCGCGUGGGUUCAUCCGCCGCGGUGAGUGGGACCGGGCUCGCUCGGACAUCGCCGAGGCGGAGACCUGUAUGAGUGCGCUAAAGGCGCAGCUGGAUGCUGCCGACGAGGCCAUCGAGACGGCUGUCAGGCUGCAGACCCAGUUUGGUCCCACUAAGCGCGACAAUAUGCGCUAUUGGGAUCGCUACCCGGAGAUGUAUGUCUCAAUGAAGGCGUGGGUGUACACCCUGCCCGGCGUGCUCCGCCUCGGCGGUGACCACGCCUUUGACAUUUCUCAGUCAUUCUGGCUCCCAUCGGGAGAUAUGAAUGAUGUUGUGGGCCUCCAUUCCGAGGAGGGCCCCUACCAGCGUGAUGCUGACGGAACCUGGAAUCCGGCUCGCUUCCCCAUCGAUUGGUAG